AUGAAGUCUUUUCUUUCUUUUGGCCUCUUGGCCGCCGGCGCCAACGCCAACAUCAUCUUCAACUGGGUCCAGCCCACCUGCGACUACAAUUCCGACUUCUCCACCUGCUUGCGUGGCCAGCAAUGCACCGUAAACAACACCUGCGAAGCCUACGUGACCAGCGACAGUGACUACACCAGGUCUUUCGUGCGCAGCGUAACUAAGCCCGCUGAGAAGCGUGCUGCAGCUCCUCGCUCUGAUGGCCGUUGUGGUAAAGACUUCGACGAUGCCACUUGUGAUGCCAACGGUGAAUACGGCGGUUGCUGCUCUCAGUAUGGCUACUGCGGUAAGACCGACGACCAUUGUCUGGCUUCAAAUGGUUGCCAGAAUGGCUGCAAGGGCGCCUCUUCUACCACUGCUGCCGGUACAAGCCCAGCUGAAACCACAAGCGAGGCUGCACAAACAAUUACUACAUCGACUCAGGAGCCAGUCCUCGGCUCUCCUACUGCAUCGUCCGCUUCAGGCUCUGCCAGUGCUACCGGCGAAGUAACCACGGAUGGCUCGUGCGGUGCCAGCAACGGUGGAACCAUCUGCGGUGACUGGCCGAAAGGCGGCUGCUGCUCCAUGUAUGGUUUCUGCGGCAACACCACCUCUCACUGCGGCGAGGGCUGCCAGUCUGGUCCCUGCACCAACGGCGCCUCUGAGCAAGCUCCUGGCGCCAGCCCUGCUCCUGCAGCACCAACCCCUGGUACCUUCCAAGUCGUCGGCGAUUCUGGUGUUCCUGUCAUGCACGCUGGCCUCCUCCCUAACGGCAAGGUCUGCUUCCUGGACAAGGUCGAGAACUACACUCAGGUCAAGCUCGCCAACGGGCAGUAUGCUUACUCCGCAGAAUGGGAUACGGCCAAGAACAACUACGUCGCGCUCUCUUACAAGACCAAUGCUUUCUGCGCUGGUGGUGCAUUCCUUGCCGACGGCUCUUUCGUCUCGCUUGGUGGCAACGGUCCUCUCGAUUUCAUUGAUCCUACCGUCACCGACGGCUUCGACGGAAUUCGUUACCUCAGGCGGUCCAUCUCCGACGCGAGCCUCGAUGGCCAGGACUGGGAAGAACCCGGAAACAAACUGGCCAGCAAGCGUUGGUACGCCUCUGCUCAGGUUUUGGGUGAUGGAUCUGUCUUCGUUGCGUCCGGCAGCCUCAACGGCCUCGACCCUAGCAACCAGACCAACAACAACCCCACUUGGGAGCUGCUUGAUGCCAAGGGUGUCUCCGAUGGAAUCAACCGCCCCAUGGAGAUCCUGGAGAAGAACCAGCCUUACUACAUGUACCCCUUCGUACACCUGCUGCAUGACGGCAGCCUCUUCGUUUUCGUGUCCAAGUCGGCCGAGCUCUUCGAUGUCGCGAACAACAACACCAUCAAGACAUACAAGGAUCUUCCUGGCGAUUACCGCACCUAUCCCAACACUGGCGGCUCUGUUAUGCUCCCGCUUAGCUCUGCAAACAACUACACCGGUGAUAUUGUAAUCUGCGGCGGCGGCGCCUACCAGGACAUCACCUCCCCUACGGACCCCUCUUGCGGCCGUAUCAGCCCCCUGUCUGCUGACGCUACCUGGGAGAUGGACUCGAUGCCCCAGGGUCGCGGCAUGGUUGAGGGCACGCUCCUUCCUGAUGGCACUGUCAUCUGGCUUAAUGGUUGCAACCACGGCGCUCAGGGCUUUGGCCUCGGCACGGACCCGACUUUCGACGCACUUCUCUACGACCCCGAUGCAGCGUUGGGUCAGCGCUGGAGUACAGCUGGCACGACAGAAAUCCCGCGUCUGUACCACUCGGUUGCGUUACUCCUGCUUGAUGGCACGCUGAUGGUGACUGGCUCGAAUCCGGUUGAGCAGCCUGUCAUCUCCGCCAACAACAACACGGCUUUCCCGUACGAUACCGAGUUCCGCGUGGAGAUCUACACGCCGCCGUAUCUGCAGGGAGACAACGCCAAGAACAGGCCCUCGGAUGUCAAGCUCUCGACCACUGCAGUCAAGGCCGACGGCACCACCACCUUUGAUAUCAGCUUCACCGCCGCUACCGGAGCGAAGGAGGUCAAGGUUGCCUUGUACCACGGCGGCUUCGUCACCCAUUCCGUCCACAUGGGCCACCGCAUGGUGUUUCUCGACAACGAGGGCUGGACGGCGGGCAGCACCGACCAGAAGCUGACUGUCACGGGUCCCCCAAGCACAAAUGUGGCGCCUCCGGGGCCGUACGUCGUCUACGUCGUUGUGGAUGGCAUUCCAGCCGUGGGACAGACGGUCAUGGUUUCUUGA